AUCCCUCAAUGUAACAUCUAGAUCCUCUCCAGAUUUGUCCACAACAUUCAAGAACCUCCUUGCAGCGUCCGGCACCAUCUUAAACCUUUCUAAUCAUCUCCAUUCCCUUUCUGCUCCUUUUCCUUUUGCACUGCCAACAUUUCACAGUUCAUCUCCAUUCCCUUAGCAGCUUCAGAGUAUGACAGUCCCUUCUCUGCUCUGAUCUUAUUCACCUGUUCUUCCUGAAUUCUUUUUGGGCACUGUGCUGAUCCCGUAUGGUGAUUUCUCUAGCAAAAAGUUACAGAGAGCUGUGAGCUGCGCACCCCAUUGUGCUGUCAUGUGACCUUUCCAGCCAAUGGGGAAAAAAUCCUAAUGCCACAAAAUGACAUGAAGUGAUUACCUUAUCAGCUUCAGAUGACGUUUGCAGGUGAUGUGAAGGUGGCAGUUGGCCAAAAGUUUACAUUUCAACAAGUUGAAGAAGUGAUUUUCACUUAGUUAGUUUCUGUGGUGGAUUUGUACAGUCUGGACGUUUGUUGGUGGAGUCAAGAUGUUUGAUUUGAAGACAGAAUGGAGCAUCUCCUUUGCUGGGUGCGGUUUUAUGGGGAUUUAUUAUGUCGGUGCCACCAGCUGCAUCCUUGAACGGUUCCCUCGCCUCAUACAAGACGCCUCUAAAAUCUAUGGAGCGUCUGCAGGUUCAUUGAUGGCUGUUGUUCUUAGUCUUGGAAUCCCCCUAGAGAAAUGCUGUGCUGAUUUGAUGUUCAUGGCCAAAGAGGGCAGGAAGCACAGACUGGGGCCCCUGCACCCAGCUUACAACCUGCUGAAGAAUGUGCAGGACUCUCUGGUGGGGAGCCUUCCAGAAGACGCCCACGUUCGAGCCUCUGGAAAGCUCUGUGUGUCCCUGACCAGAGUGUCUGAUGGGAAGAACGUACUAGUGUCAGAGUUUGACAGUAGAGAGGAGCUCAUUCAGACCCUCGUAUGCAGCUGCUUCGUCCCUUUCUACUGUGGUGUUAUUCCACCCACUUACCGUGGAGUGCAUUACGUGGACGGCGCCAUCAGUGACAACCUGCCUCGAUGUCACCUGAAAAACACAAUCACGUUCUCUGCGUAUGCUGGUGAGAGUGAUCUCUGCCCUCGAGCGAGCACGCUCAACUUCCACGAGGUGCGCUUCAACAAUGUCAGCAUCCAGGUCAACUCGGAGAACAUGAACAGAGUGACCAGCACUUUCUUCCCCCCGAAGCCUGAGGCAAUGGCUGAAAUAUGCCAGAAUGGCUACAUAGAUGCUCUCCGCUUCCUGCAAGAGAACAAUCUGAUCAGCAGUGAGAGUCCCCUGAGAAGUUUGGAGAUAGAUGCACCUAAACCUGCUUGUUGUGAACUGGUGAAGGAGCCGACUGAAGCUGAAGAGUCCAAUGAGAACACACAUGAACUGAAACCACUUCAGGAAGAGCACUGCUGGCUGGAUCCACAGCUCAUAGAGCACCUCCCAGUUAACAUUAAAAAGGUGUUGUGUGCGGCCUGUAGAGAGACACAUACUGCUGGUGGUCUGUUGUCCAACAUGACGGAGUACCUGCCAAAGAAAGUGACUUCUUACCUGCAGAUCCCCUGCACUCUGCCCAUGGAGUCGGCCUGCUCUCUAGCCCAGAGACUUGUGGACUGGAUCCCAGAUGCAUCAAGAGACAUGAGCUGGCUCUAUAGCAUGGCUGGAGACCUAUACAAACAAGCUUGGAAGGGCAAGGUGGAGGAUAAUGACAGUGAGACGCCACUGCGCAGAUGUACAAACCUGCCAUUAGGCCUGGACCUGGGGAAUCAGAGAAAAGCUCUUCCAAUGACCCCAGAAGCUACUCCCACCUCCAGUCUUACCUUCACCUGGAACACACAUAGAGAGUUGGACCACGUGCCCCUUACUCCACCCCCUACACCCACCUUCAGCCCCACCUCUGAGUUUGGUGAAGCCGCCGCAGAGUCACCUAAAAGCGCAGGUAGAGGCUGGGGUUUGAGCAGAGCUGCGGGGUGGAUCCGAAAUAUUGCAUCCAAGCAAACUUCAAACCUCAAGAAAAAGGAUGAUUCAAUGUCCUUUUCUGGAUUUGAGUAAAUAUAUUUAACUUUGCACUGAAAGAGAAGAAGAAAAAAUGAAUGUUGAAUAAAGGAAUACAAGAGUG